AUGUUCAUUGUUAUAUGUUUUAUAUAUUUUUCAAUUGUUAAUGCUAAACUUAUUUGUGGUGUUAAAAAUACUAAAGGAGAGAGAGCUGAGUUUACUAGUUACGAAUUAGAUCAAUGUUUUGAAAGUUCUAAAGAAGGUAAUUAUAUUAAAGUUACUAAAAUGUUUGGAGAUUACAAAUACAUUACAUAUAAUAAAAAUGGAUGUGCUGAUGGUGAUAAUGUCUCAUCAAUCGUUUUAACUGACUGUAAUGAAUUUGAUGAACCAAGUUAUAAUUUAGAAGUUAAAUAUGAUUUAAGUGGUACAGAGUGCAAAAGAAAAGAUACAUUUGAGAAGAGUUAUAUUAAUUUUGAUAUUUGUAUGAAUCAAGAUGGAUUUAAAAAGUAUUCAGUUGAAGAUGGUCAACUUGUUACUUAUGAAUAUAAAAAUGAUAAAUGUGAAGAUAAAAUUGAUAAUUCUAAAGUUAUUAUUGUUGAAGUUGACAAAUGUAUAAGUGAUGAUAGUAGUAAAUCUUCAAAAUAUUAUGACAAUAGUGCUUAUUCUUUCUUAACACUUUUUGUUGUCUACAUUUUAUUCCUCAUAUUCUAA